AUCAAUUAAAGUUUGAUAAUAAGUCUCACGUGUAUUAUGCCCGGGUACAUGUUGAAGGUUUGAAGGAUUUUAUGUACAAUUUUUUUUUAUAUUUGGAUUGUUAAAAAUAUAGAAAUAUCUUAAUAUUAAAAAGUGAUCAUGGUAGAACUUACUACAGAUAUUGAAGUGAAAAAAGUUGAGGGUGGAAGUAUUUUGAAUCAUCCUCCAUUAUUUUCAAAUGAUGGGAGAUGUAUUUAUAUUGGAAGUGGGACAGAUAUUAAUUGCUACAAUGUCAAUUCAGGAAAGUUAGUUGCUAAUUACAGAACUCAUGAAAAUUUUGGAACUAUUAAAAACAUAUGUUAUCAUCCAUCUGAUGAUAAACAAUUAGUUGUAUUCCAUUGUAGGAAUAUUGUUUCUUUUUGGGAAUUAGUUGGUUCACAAUCAGCUAAAAAAAUUAAAAGUCUGUCUAUAAAUCAAGAAGAAUGUUAUGUUCAAAAUGGUAUGUGUCUAUCAGAAACUUGCAAUUCUCAUAAUGUUGAUUGUGCUGUUUUAUCUUUUAAACUACCUUCUAAUGAUAAAACUGAAAUAAAAAUAGGAAUUUUUUCUUUAAAUAAUGGAUCAUUACUUCAUAGUUUUAAUGAAAUUUUUACGGAUUUACCUCAUAUAUGGUCGAUUGGAGGUUUUGAUAAUAUUCCAUUUCUAGCAGCAGCUCAUAAUGAUAUAAUACGCAUUUAUAAUUUAUUAUCAUAUAAGAAAAACAAGAUUAAAUUAGGAUCUAAUCGUCUGGCAACCGUUAUUUGUUGUCAUCCUGUUUCUAACAUUUUAGCAGUUGGAGAUAAUACAGGAAGAGUAGUUUUGUACUACAAUGUGACAGAAAAAAAAAGUAGAACACAAACUGUUUAUCAUUGGCAUACAUUACCUGUAAAUGAUGUAAUUUUCACCAACACAGGCAACCAGUUUUACAGUGGUGGUGCUGAAAAUGUAUUAGUUAAAUGGUUUUGUGAAAAUAUUGAAGCUCGACAUUUUUUACCUAGGCUUCCAGCAAAUAUUUUACAUUUAUCAGUUACUAAAGAUAAUUUGUAUAUUGCCAUUUCUACCAGAGACAAUGGAAUAUUGAUUGUGAAUUCACAAAAUAGAAUUCACUCAACUAUACAAAAAUUUACUUGGGGUGUACAUGCAUCUACUCCUGAAGAAUUUGAAAAAGUGUUUCCAGCUGGUGUUGCAUUUGAUAGUCGCUCUAGAUCACUUGUUACCAAUGGGUGGCCAGGUCAUAUUCAAUUUUUUUCAUUAGACCAAACACAAUUAAAGUUCAAUUUGGAUAUUGUAUGUCAAAAUUAUGUUACUCAAACUAGAGAUAAGGAUGUAUUCAAUGCUAAUGUGUGUUCAUUAGCAAUAAGUAAUGAUAGUUUAUGGUUAGCUACUGUAGAACGAAGAUCAUUUAAUGAAAAAUAUAUUGUAGAUGAUGUACUUAAAUUUUGGUCUUUUGAUGAAAAACAACAAACGUAUUCACUUAACACAUACACAACCUCUGUUGAUAGAAUUUCAAAUGUUUAUUUUCGACCUUUACUUGAUAAUGAUGGACUACAUAUGGUCAUUACAACUCAUAGAAAUGUAUACAAGCUAUGGUCACCUUAUACAUUUAUAGAAAAUGAUAAAAAUAUGAAGCAAAGUAAAAUGAAAUCAUGGCAACACGAAUAUACCAGCAUAAAUUACCACAAUCAACCUCUGAAAGCUAUUAGUUUUUCAGAAGAUGGUUGUGUUCUUGCAGCAUCUUUUGGCCCAAGUAUAAUUCUUAAAGUUCUUCAAGACUCGAGUGAUUUUAAAACUAGCCUAACUCAUGGAUCAGAACAUAUAAAAUUUCUAGAAUUUGGUAAAAAUACAAGUAGUUGGAUGCUUGUUUCUGCAUCUAACACCCGAGUUAUGGUUUGGAAUAUCAUAAGUGAAACAUUGUUAACGACAAUUUGGAUUCAAGUAGACCUCUUAAUUGCUGACCCAAUUUCUGAAUAUAUGGCAAUUUUCACACCAGAAAAUGACCUUUACAUAUUUACUCCAAAUAGUAAAGAAAUAGUUUACAAAAAAUGUAAAAUUUUUGAUGGAAAUAGUAAACAAACAUCUAUUUUAUGGGCUAUAUUUGCACCAAAGUCCAAUACUAAAAAUGGACAAACCAAUUCUUGGUUAGAUAAUUCAACACUUUAUAUGUUGACCAAUCAUCAAGAAUUAUUGAAAUUUGAAAAGACUGAUAAUCUUCAAAAUGUUAUUGAAGCUUAUGUCGAUGACAACUUUACCAAUUUAACUCCCUUGGGAAGAAUCAUUUCUAAUAAGUUUCAAAGCAAUAACAAAAAUAUUUAUAAAAAAACCCAGUACAAUUCAUUUAUUGAUGAAAAAUCUGCUUUUGAAAUACUCAAUGAACCUGCUCAUUUAAUGUUACCUUUAGAAACACAGUUAGAAAAUAUUUUACUGGCCUGUUUGAAAUAUGAUUAAUUGCACUAUUAAUAUUUUGAUAUAAAAUUGUUUAAAUUAUAAGUGUAAUUAAAAUUUUAUAAUAAAACAAUUAAUUUUUAAAUACUGUA